AUGGCUUCUCUGCAAACCCAUCGUGACAAUUUUCAAUUCCACCGUUGUGUCUCCUCUCUCUCCCCAAAGCUCCACAGCCUCCAAAACCCCAAGCUUUCACUGCGCUUUCCCAUCUCAUUUUCCGGGAAAGUUAAGGUAACUUUUAGAGGAAAUGGGAAGGGCAGAGAUGGAAUUUACUCGCUUUGCUGCUUAUGCAGAGCUGGUUCUGAGGUUGAGAAGGUUUCUGCUGAGGAAGGAAAUGAAAGGCCUCCUUUUGAUAUCAAUUUGGCCGUGGUUCUUGCGGGUUUUGCAUUCGAGGCCUAUAGCAGCCCUCCUGAUAAUAUUGGGAGGCGAGAAGUUGAUGCUGCAGAUUGUAAGACAGUGUAUCUUUCAGAGUCAUUUGUACGUGAGAUCUAUGAUGGCGAAUUGUCAGUUAAACUGAAAAAGGGUCUCAACUUACCUGCCAUGGAUCCAUGGGGAACAAGUGAUCCAUAUGUGGUCAUGCAAUUAGAUGGUCAAGUUGUCAAAAGCAAGGUUAAAUGGGGGACGAAAGAGCCAACAUGGAACGAGAACUUCAGUUUCAAUAUCAAGCAGCCUCCGACCAUAAAUCUGCAGGUAGCAGCUUGGGAUGCAAACCUAGUAACUCCACAUAAACGAAUGGGGAAUGCAGGCAUCAGUCUGGAAGGCCUUUGUGAUGGAAAUUCACAUGAUGUACUGGUGGAAUUGGAAGGAAUGGGAGGUGGUGGAAAGUUACACCUAGAGGUCAACUAUAAAAGUUUUGAUGAAAUUGACGAGGGAAAAAUGUGGUGGAGGAGGGUCCCCUUUGUUUCUGACUUUCUCUGUAAAACUGGUUUUGAGCCUGCUCUAAAAAUGUUUGCUGGCUCUGACACUGUGCAAGCACGUGAAUUUGUGGAAUAUGCUUUUGGGCAAUUAAAGUCAUUCAAUAAUGCCUACCUUCUGAAGAAUCUGACUUCAAGUAGUGAUGAGAAUAACACAGAAGGCACUAGGAAAUCUAAUAAUUCUGCUGGUGUGUCAGACAUGCCUUCCCAGAUGGAGGGUAUAGCAGAAGGUUCUUUAAAUAAUACAAGCUUCAAAGAAGGGAGCAAUUCAGAUGAUUCCAAUGCAGAUAAUGGUGGUGGGGAGAAUGGUUAUGCCCCUGAACCCCUGAAACAACUUGUUGGUUUGCAGUCACGAAAGAUAGCAGAAGCAUCUUAUAUUGACUCAGGGCUUGCGACUCCAGAAGGCGUAGAUGUUGAUAAUGAUAAAAUAAGUGGCCCACUUUCUGUUAGCAUGAUUCAGUCUUCACUUCCAGAUAUUAAGGAAGCGACAAGGGACCUAGUAAGGCAAACUGAUUCUGUUUUAGGAACAUUAAUGGUUCUAACUGCAGCAGUAUCUCAAUCAAACAAGGAAGCAAAUCUUUCUGGAAGGAGCAAAAUUAAAGAAGAGGAUACUAGCAAUGUAGAAGAUGAUGCCUUGACAUAUCCCAUCAACAAGAAGCUUGCUAGCUCCCAGGGAGCUGAGGAGAUGAAAGAACUCUUUUCUACUGCAGAAAGUGCCAUGGAGGCGUGGGCGAUGCUUGCUACUUCUAUGGGGCAUCCAAGUUUUAUAAAGUCUGAAUUUGAGAAACUAUGUUUCUUAGACAAUGCGACGACAGACACGCAGGUGGCAAUUUGGUGCGAUUCUUCCCGGAAAAGAUUAGUUAUCGCUUUCAGGGGAACAGAACAGGCAAGAUGGAAGGACUUGCGAACAGAUUUAAUGCUAGCUCCUGCUGGGCUAAAUCCUGAAAGGAUAGGUGGAGACUUCAAGGAAGAAGUUCAAGUUCACAGUGGUUUCUUAAGUGCAUAUGAUUCUGUCAGGAUCAGGAUCAUCUCUCUCAUGAAAUUGGCAAUUGGUUAUAUUGACGAUCUUGCUGAGCCGCUGCACAAAUGGCAUGUUUAUGUCACUGGUCAUAGUCUAGGUGGUGCAUUAUCUACCCUCCUAGCUCUUGAACUUUCAUCAAGUCAAUUAGCAAAGCGCGGAGUGAUUUCUGUGACCAUGUAUAACUUUGGAUCUCCUAGGGUCGGUAACAAAAAAUUUGCCGAAGUUUAUAAUGAGAAAGUCAAAGAUAGCUGGAGAGUUGUAAACCACAGAGACAUUAUACCAACAGUCCCCCGCUUGAUGGGUUACUGUCAUGUAGCUCAACCUGUUUACCUAGCAACAGGAGACCUAAGAAAUGCCUUGGACAAUAUUGAGCUUUCUGGAGAUGGUUACCAGGGUGAUGUGAUUGGGGAGUACACACCAGAUGCGCUUAUCAGUGAAUUUCAUUUAUAUCUUGGGAUGCAACCACUGUUGGGUGCAAUGAGGCAGAAUUGA